GAUCAUCAAUGUGAGGAAGGUCUGGGGCCAUGAGCAUCCCCCACAGUCAGUUUCCCUGAAUUCUGCCAGGUAGGGACACUAAGGCAAAAGACACAUGGAAACCUCUAGGGCCAUAUCCUGCUUUGAGCUGGGUGCCUAGUUCCUCUUGGAGGCCUGGUCACAGGCCCCAUAGCCCCAGCCUGGCCCAGUGAGGAUCUGGUGCAGGUCACGGGGGUCCCUAGAGGCCCAAGGUCCCCCAAGGGCCUGUGGCAGGGAGGGCUGGGUGGGGUGUCAUGGGCAGGAAACGGAAGCAUCAACCCCUAGCUGCAGUCGAGCGCAAGAGCUCACUUCUCAUUCUUCACGGCUGGAGCUGGAGGUGGGCACUCAGCGCUGAGAGGCCUGUGGACCCAUGGACCUGCCCUGUACCCUAGGGCUUGGGACGCUGCUGGCCCUGCCAGGGGUCCUGGGCUCUGGUGGUGGUGCCAAGGACAGUGGGGGCUCCAGCUCUGCCACUGUGAUCCUGCUGCUGCUGCUCCUCCUACUGCUGGUCACUGGCCUGGCCCUGGCCUGGCACCGUCUCAGCCGCGACUCAGGAGGCUACUACCACCCGGUCCGCCUGGGCGCUGCGCUGUGGGGCCGCACCCGCCGUUUGCUCUGGGCCAGCCCACCAGGCCGCUGGCUCCAGGCCCGGGCUGAGCUAGAGUCGCCAGAUGGGGGCCCAGAGGGGCAGGAGGACGAGCAGGAUGAGGAAGACCACAGCCUUGAUGGCGGCCGGGAGACCAAACCCCAGGGAAAGGAGCCGCAGUAUGGAGAACAGCUCAGCCCACAGCAGGGCCCACAGCCCGCACAGGAAGCGCAUGACGGUGACACUGAAGGGAGCCUGGGCCUCAGCUCCCAGGGGCCGGAGGGCUCAGCAGGCAGUGCUGAGGCCCUGCUGAGCGACCUGCAUGCCUUUGCUGGCAGCGCAGCCUGGGACGACAGCGCUGGGGCAGCUGGGGGCAAGGGCCUCCAUGUCACUGCACUGUAGGGGCCAGCCCUGGGGGCAUCCCUGUCACUGUGCCUCUGCUUCCCCAGCUGCCAUGACCGGACACUGCCUGCCCUGGACCCCACUAUCACCCCCGCCCCCACAUGGAGAGCCUCAGACUGUCACUCGGCUCCCCAGUUUUGUCCCCAAAGCUGUGCAUCCCUGCCUCCUCCAGGAAGGCCACCCAUUCCCAGGGGCAUUGAGCAGCCUCUGAAAUAAAAUCCCUCCAGCCCUGGCAGGUGUAGCUCAGUUGGCUGGGCAUCGUCCUACGCACCAGGAGGUUGCU